AUCCUAUCCUGAUAUUUUUAUUAACCAAUAAAGCGUCUCUGAUACAGACUUACAGAGACCACGUGACAAAGGCGCUUCCGGUUUCCGGACAUGAGAUUCAACUAAAAGAGUAUUUUUAAUAGACUUGGGUCCCCGCUGGAUAGCAUUUGAGUAGGCUUCUUGCACAGCAUGGGAGACGCGCAUUUUCCACAUCUGGUAGUUAACGUUGUUUCCCUAUGAAGGGUUCUGGAAGGCACUACAUGUGAUCUGUGCUUGAUAAAUAUGGACCAGUCUUCGACCGCACCAGUUGGCUUAUGCCCAGAUAUGUGUCCUAGAAAAGAGAGGCAAGAGCGGGAGAGACAAGGGCUGCUGCACCAUUUUGAGACAACAGAUGGGCAGAGAGCAAGAAGGGGACGCAGAGGAAAAGCAAGCAUGUGUGCUGAUCCAGCUAAGACUGUUAAGGAGUACAGCCGACCUGCUGCAGGAAAGGAGCUCUCUUCUCCAUAUGAUAUCCGACCUCCUGCUGUCUUGCUGAAAACAGUGCGUUACUUGUUGAUGAAGGUGUGGGAUUCUGUUAAUGAGAUGGAUUCAGUUAAUCUCUCCGAGGCUUACUGCUUUGUGUUUGACCGGCUACGAGCUGUCAGACAAGAUAUGACUGUGCAGAGGGUCCGGGGACAAUUAGGAGCUGUUGUGUUGGAGGAGAGCCUGGGGUUCUUGCUCUGUGCCCCGUACCUUGUGAGGCAUUUGCCUGUCGAAAGCUACGAUGAAGUUUUACAUGCAACCCAAGUGCGGGAGAGCUUCGCUGAACUAAUGGAAUGCUACAAAGAGGAUGUACGGCAUCCCAGGGAAGCUGAAUUUCAGGCUUUGCUUCUGCUUUAUGAUCUUGGCAACCUGGAUACCAUGAACAGGGCCCUGAAACUCCACCAUCGAAUUGGUGAUGCCCCACAGGUGCGCCUAGCAAUGGAUGUGAACCGGGCCUACCUAGAGUGCAACUGGGUACGACUGUUCCGUCUGUUACAUCGGCUUGACUGCUUACAGUCUUGUGCUUUCUAUCGCCAUCUAACUACCUGCCGGGACAAGAAUCUGCGAAUGCUAAUUCAUGCAUACAGCAGCAAGAACUGCCGCUUCCCCCUGGAUCUCCUUGCUAGGCUAAUGGCAGUGGAUAGCCAGGAGACUGUUGCUGAAAUGUGUAGGAGGAGAGGACUGUCCCUGGCUCCUGGUGGCCAACUGGCAGUGGUCUUUCUUAAAUCUUCAUUUAAGGACGUGGUCCCAGAAAUUCAUGGGAGAGAGAUUUUGCUUGUGGAGCGGAAAAAAAGAGAACAAACUUGGGCUGGGGUUAUGAUGGGAGAAGAGGAGACAAUGCCACUAGCUCACUCUCCUGAGGAACUGCAACAUGAAUGGCAUUGAGAUUUUAUUGUGAUAUGUCUGAUAUGUUGGCUACACACUGGUUCUUCUUUCACUUUGAGAGAUUUCUGAGCAAAUCGUAUGAAGAUUUUUGCAUGCGUGUUCUCUUAGGGUGAUUGAUUUAACUAAACCAAUGGUGUUUAAAAUAAAUAAAAGCAGAUGUCCCAAAAAGUGCACAUACCAAGUCAUUUGCCGGUUCAAAAAAAUGUAAUUCUUUGUGAACCAAUUCAAACAGUUCUGAAACAGUCAGGGAUAACAGGAAAGGCAGUGAGAUUUUUAUGUCUGGCGCUCAUAAUUAUUUUAAAAAGAUAUAUACAAUGUAUUGAUAACUAUUGCGUAUUUUGUGUUUUUAUGAUUCUGAGAGACUGUUAGGGUG